AUGACGGAAGAGGACAUCCGGCAGCAGAUAGAGGAGCUCCGGCAGCGGGAGGUCGUGCAACCUGAACAGCAGGCAGAACCAUCGAUAGAAGCCUCUCAGCCUGCGAGUAUUCUCUCGGACGAAGGCGCCACGGAGACUCCUCUCCCGGCACCUACCGGGACGAAGCGCAAGGCUUCUAAGACUCUGUCAUUAACCGCAGCAACUAAGAAAACCAAAGCCAGCAACACGGACUACGAGAAAGUGAAAGGAAACAGUCUGAACAGUGAUGAGAUAGGUUGCAAAGCGACCCAGCCUUGUGACCGCUGCAGGGACAAAUCCCGGGAGUGCCGAGUCGCCCUUGAUCCCGGGAAGCCCUUCAACUCGUUCAAGUGCGGCCACUGUAUCAGCCAAAAGCUCAGCUGCAGCUUCAGCGCGACCACCCCGGGUAUUGACUACCCGCCUAAUGAAGAGCGCGACGAGAAGGAGAAAAAGAAGAAGGAAUCGCGUAAGACGGCGGCGGCCACAUUGGAAACCAAGAAGAAGCUUCGCAACGCGAAUGAGAUUCCGGACAUGCGUUCACCCUCCGCGGAAGCCUCCGGGUCGGGCCUUUCGAAGAGUCCCGCCGAGCGUUCCCCAUCUGAAGCCUCCGGGUCAGGCUCUGCGCCCGAUCUUGGACCUUUUUCUUUGCCGGUUGGCGUUUACAAGAAGGGCACCUGGGCGGCGGAACGGAGUCGUUGGAAUGCCAUCAACGUUGUCGAUGGGAGAGUGUUGGGCUUUUUCCCUGCCACUAAAACGCAAGAGGCCCGGGGAGUGAUGUGGCCCGGGACAAUGAGGAGGCAGACAAUGGCAGGUCCGCCCGAUGACGAUGAUGCGGAACAGCCUCUUCGUGAGCCGUCGUACUUGACGUCCACCACCUGA